GGACAAAAUAGGCAAAAUAGAACCAGAAAACUUGGAGCUUCUCUCUCUCUCUCUCAUCAUCAAGAUUAUCUGAGAAGGUAUCUGAAAACUUUGCCGAUGCAGAUGCACAUAAACUCAAGGAAAAGCUGGUUAUAAUUCAGAUAUUUUGAUUACUUAAACUCACCUCAAAGCCCCCUUCAACAAACUUGAAAAUGGGACAGGAUUUUUGCCUCAUUGCACCUCGUCGUCGCGAAAAGCUAAGUUGGAAUUGCAGACCUGGUGAGGACCUGUUCAAUGGAUCUGCAUCCUCUCUUGUUUCCCUUUUUGCGACACCCAUUAUCCCCCAAUCUUAUGACGGGAAGAACAGUCACAGAACAGUCCUACCCAACCCAGGGAAAACUAUUCCUCAGAAAAGGCGACUUGAGCCAGACUGUCUUCCUGUUAUUAUGCCAUUGACCCGUGCUCCGGCGUGCACAACUGAAUCUGGAUCUAUCCUCAUUCAGCUUCCCACCGAGAUCCAUUACCAUAUUCUCAACUUCUUGGACGUGGAAGAUGUCUUUCUUUGUGGUCUUAGCUGUCGGAGGCUAUGGACCCUCGUGAGACCGGUAAUCGCAAAACAUUUUUCCGGCUACUUGGGUGUUUGGGCGGGAAUUCCAGUCAUUUGUGUGGGUCAGGACAGCGGAUCCGGUGGCAAUGCCCAGCAUCCUGACGGCAUGCUGUCCUCAAACGAAUUGAAUGAAUUGGAUGAGGGCCUGGAAUUUGAAGAAUUAGAGAUCGAGCUGGGCGACAAACUGGCGGAGGAGCUGGCUGGUAAACCUGUCAAUUUGUAUGACAUUGCUGACGCUCGAUACACCGGCAUCACUGAAGUCACAUCGAGUUUUCCGCACGAUCUAUUCGGCCUCGCCCUCGAUCUUCGCCACAAACACCCUAGUCCGAUAGAUAUAGUUCAAGUGGCACAUCCAACGCCACAGAGUUACUAUCCAUGCAAUGAGGAAUGGGUUCUCAGAAAUCUGACAACGCAUGAGUUUGUUCGACCCUCAGCAGUUGCAUUAGAUGAGAAGUACAUUAAAGGCCCGUUUAUCGAUACACUAGGGUACGGUGAAGUUAUCCUCUAUAAGACUUGCUGGUCAACAUCCGAUUAUUCAUUGAUUCAGGGAAAAGAGAUGCAUCGAGGGGUUUGGGCUGGCCACGCACUCGAUAUAGUCACCGCGACCCACUUAAAUGGCGAUGCUUCAUGGAAAGAUAUUAGUGAUGAGAUUGCACAAGAGAUCUCGGAAAUUUGGGAAGAGGUCUAUGGGGAAAACUGGAAAACUGAUCUGGUCAAGGAACGGCGCCGCUGGUAACCUAUUUUCACCCUCGCCUGUGAUUUUGGAUGCUGUAUUUUUAAGAAGACGCGGUUCAGCAUUCAGCUACAGUAAAAGAUAUGAAUGAGGGGAUAUGCACAGGGUCUACGUUACAUCAUCAGUAGAUGUCCGCGGAUCUGAUCCCGGGCUGCCGAGUGGAAGGACGAAAGGCCUUCGCUGACUACUCUGACGGGCUACAGGCGUUUUAUGCAAGAAAGGAGAUCGCGCAGGGAUGGUGGACCGUACUCUUAUUUCUUUCUCAGUCUCUUUUACUUCUUUGCGUCAAGUCUUGACAUCAAUAGAAUCUAAAUCUCGUUAUUAACUGAUUAUACCUAAGGAAUCCUCACAGGAACUAUCAUCACCUAGUUAUGCCAGAUAAGAGACUAAGAAAUAAACUAUGAGAGGUCUCUAUCAUCAACUCUUUGAGUUCUCAAAUCCUCUACCCUACACUCGAUCAAAUCCAGACCUAAAUCAUCAUCGAAUUUCCCUACCAUCCACUCAAACUAGCGCCUAGUGUCAGUAUAAAAGAAAGGAAGCAGGGGAGAGGAAAGGAAGAGCUCCACGAUCAAGAUAUGAUUUUGCAGCAUGUAAUAAUAUUCCUCUCUGCUUGAAAAGAGGGUGUUGUGAUUCUAUAACUAUGAUAUUAAUUAGCGUUACAUAACUGUCCCUUGAUCCAUAUUAUAUUAUCCUUUCCAUUGCUCAAACUACAGUAAAGCCUGUUUUCGAUAAGCAAAUCUUAGUUCGUCUCAUAGGAUCACACAGUGACAAUAUACAGGACUCAAUGCAUGACCCAAUACAUGAUAUUAUUAUCAGUAGGUAUAUGAAUUAAAAGAAAGUUAUAUACCAGAAUGCAACC